GUGGGACGUCAGAAAAAAAUCAGGGCAUGCGAGUUGUCCUUGACAUGACAGAAGGCCUCCAGGGAAAAACGAUAACCUGUGACAACUUCUUUACUUCACAUGCCCUUGGCCUGGCGCUGCUGAAAAGAAAGCUGUUCAUGGUGGGAACAGUAAGGAGAAAUAAACCUGAGCUUCCCCCUGCACUGGUGUCAAAAGCGGACAGGGCUCGUUUCUCAUCAAAGUUUGCUUUCACCGAGACCCAUGCUCUCUCUGGUGUCCUAUCUCCCCAAGAAACAGAGAAAUGUUCUUCUGAUGAGCACUCUGCAUCGGGAUGCAGCUGUGAGCGACAGCGAUGACAAAAAGCCCCAAAUCAUCGAAGAUUACAAUCACAACAAAGGGGGUGUCGAUAACCUUGACAAGGUUACCAGUGUGUACACGUGCAAAAGAAUGACAGCCCGUUGGCCCCUAGUUGUCUUCUUCAACAUUCUCGACGUGUCUGCAUACAAUUCCUUUGUCCUGUGGUCUGAGAUCAACCCAGCCUGGAAUCAGGAGAAGUGCAACAAGAGGAGGCUGUUCAUGGAGGAGCUUGGACGACAACUUGUGAUACCUCACAUCCAGCGACGCAAGGUUCUUCCCCGCACGCCAGCCGCUGCCAGUUUGGUUAUGGAGGUCCAGCAGUUCUGCUCUAGCUCUACCUCUGCAGCAGCUACCCGUCACCCAGCUCCCACUCGCCCAGCUCCCGCUCGCCAAGCUCCCCCUCCUGACCCAUCACCCAAAAGGAGCAGGUGCAAAUUCUGCCCUCGCCAGUUUGAUGUCAAAACCAAGAAAAUGUGCCAAAGAUGCAAUGCAUACAUCUGCAAAGAUCACACCAUUGUUACCUGCCCUGCAUGCAACUAA